GUCAGGGAUGCCGAAAGCACCUGCCAUUGCAUUAUCAGCUUGCCCAACGACAUUUCACGGCGGGGGCUGCUCGCCGGCUGCGAUUUAAUCACCGGGCCCUUCUCCGUCCAGCACCGUAUCUUCUGGCUUUGUAUCCUCGGCAUUACCAUUCCGUGCGACAAUUUCCUUAUGCAGCACCAGUGGCUCGCGCAUUGCUAGCGCAACGACAACUGCCAGAACGGAUCCGAACACGAUGAUGACUGCAGACACACCAUGUACGCCUACGGAAUCAUACAGUGCGCCGCCCAAGACCGGCCCUACCGUGUAUCCUAUGCUGUUGAAUGAGUUAAGCAGCGCCAUCUGGAAGCCCAGCAGCUUGCUUGGAUACACAUCGCCGAUGGUCGACAUUCCAAUCGGGUACAGAAAUCCCGACGCCAGCCCGUUCAGCAGCCUAUAUGUGAGGACAUGCCAGAGCUUGCUAGCGAAAAAACAGUAUGACGCCGCUCAGGGCGUAUCCUACCGCACCGAUGAUCAUUGGGAUCUUGCGGCUGCCGAUUCUGUCGCUGGCAAUGCCAGAGAUUAUGCUGGUGAUGAAGGCGCCGAGGCCAAACAUGGUGGAUACUACGCCGACAAUGGACUCGGAGGCCAAUUUCAUGUCCUCAAAGAGAUGGGGCAGGCAAGCAAUGGAUAUAGAGUACGAGAGGUUGUCGAUUAGCAGGCCCAAGCAGGCAACACACAUGACAGUGAUGGGGGAGGACCGCACACUCCACAGUUUCGCCUCUAGUUUAUCGACAUA